AUGAGUAUGAUGAAUGGAGCGCAUUCGCGUCGCAUUGCAUGCAAGUUAUGCCGAGAUCGAAAAGUUCGCUGUGGAGGAGAACAGCCAGCAUGCGAGAAGUGCAGACGAGCUGGUGAGGAAUGCGUGUAUCUCUCAAAUCAAAGGCCGACCAAGGCCGAUCUACUUCAAACAGUAGGGGACUUACAAAAACGCCUAUACGAAGCAGAGGCACACAUUGCUAAAAUGAGCGCUUCGAUAGACGCCGUUACUCUAACCCAAAUGGACCCCUUAUACCAGCAAAAUAAUCUGCGCUCAUCUCUGCCGUUGACCAAUGACUUUAUAGAGCCAACACAAACAGCCAUAUCCCAACAACAGAGUGCCUUGAGUCAAUUGCCAGUGGACGGGGACAUGAUUCUCGAUAGCUCGGAUAUUGACUUUAACGCACAAAGCGAACCCUUUGUACAAGGGAGAGACAACCAGCUCCGGCAUAGGGCCAUGCGCGAUUGGUCCUGGUCUCUACCUGUACCAGCAGGUGACACCGAAGAGGCACCAAGGAUAAGCGAAGAAACUGGCGCUGUGAUUCUUGACACUGUUGCCCAGUUUUCCUCAGCAGUGUUCCGCAGCCAGGCUGACGCUUGUGGUAUGGCCACCUCCGUCGCCGACUACAUCGUCUGGCUUCAGAAUGCGCCGCAAGGCGGUAACGGCAUGAUGAAUAACGACCCGAUAUAUAUGGCCCUCCUCGGCACGCUUGAUACUCGUCUGCGAGAGCUAUGCGACGUUAGCCAGUCGAGUAAUAAGAGCGCUUUACAAGAGCUGGUAGCGGCUCUCGAGAAAAUUGCUCAACCAGGCGGAACCACGGCCAUGAGAUUAGCCACCCUUGAAGAGGACCUCAGUAAACAGGUACAAAAACGCGCUGAGUUCUUCCGCACGCGGUAUACCCCAUGUGCACUUCUCAAAGAGCAGCAAGCCCGAGAUAGCUCAUAG